AAAAAUAUAAAAUUUAGCAGUUUUCACUAAAUUGCGCCAUUGAAACAGGAACAAAAAUGUUUUGCCAUUACUACUGGAUUAUUCUUCAACGUUGUCGCUUUGCCGGACUGCAGCCACCGACAACGGAUUGACGAAUCGCAAGCGCCUAACCUCAAUAAACUGUUCAAUGUUGAUUUUAAAAUGUACACAAUUUAUUUUUUAAAACAAUGCAAACUGUGCAGGAGGAAUGUCGCUGUAAUUGGGGCCAUUGGCAGGAGCAGGCAGUUUUCAACAAAUAAUCCCCAGCGGAUAAAUGAGUUAUCCAGCGCCUACAACCCCCACGAGCUGGAAAAGGCCCAUUUCAACGCAGACUACUUCCCGCCGAAAUCAGCCCUUUGCCGCCAGCCGUUUAGCUUGAUUCUGCCGCCCCCCAAUAUAACCGGGACAUUGCACUUGGGGCAUGCCCUUACUGUGUCCAUCCAGGACGCCCUAGUCAAAUGGCACAAAAUGCAGGGACGCGAAGUUAUGUGGGUGCCCGGGCUGGACCAUGCAGGAAUCGCUACUCAAGUGGUGGUUGAGAAAAAGCUGUGGAAGGAGCGGGGGCUGACGCGCCAUCAACUAGGCAGGGAGCGCUUUGAGGAGGAGAUUUGGAAAUGGAAGCAAGAAAAAUCCACUACUAUAAUUGAGCAAUUGAGGAGAAUUAACGUGGAUCUCAGUUGGGACAGAGAAGCUUUCACUAUGGACGCGAAGCGCUCGAAAGCAGUCACAGAGGCGUUCAUCCGGCUGUUUGAGCAGGGGCUGAUUUACCGGGCAGACCAUCUAGUGAACUGGUCCUGCACCCUACAGUCGGCGGUUUCGGAUAUUGAGGUGGAUCGCGUCCGAGUGGAGGCUGCAACCGACUUUAGAGUGCCCGGAUAUGAGAAGCCGGUUAAAUUUGGAGUCCUCACCAAGUUUGCGUAUAAACUAUCCGAAUCACUUGAGGAAAUUGUGGUGGCAACCACUCGCCCCGAGACCAUUCUAGGCGAUGUAGCUGUGGCGGUUAAUCCCCAAGACUCGCGUUAUGCACAUUUCGUGGGCAAACGGCUUCAGCACCCGUUUAGACCCGACCUGAUUCCGGUCAUUGCUGACAAUAUGGUGGAUCCGCUCUUUGGGACUGGUGCAGUGAAAAUCACUCCAGCUCACGAUCCAGACGAUUUCCUGACGGGAAAGCGGCACAAUCUCCGGUUUCUUGCAGUAAUAGACGAACAGGGCCAGCUAACGGACAGCUGUGGAGCUUUCCAGGGUUUGCGGCGUUUCGACGCCCGGGAGGUCAUCAUUGGGGCCCUGAUGGAAAAGGGCUUAUACAAAGGCAGUCAGGAGCACAGCAUGGCUGUACCGAUUUGCAGCCGCUCCAAGGAUGUGAUUGAGUUCCUCAUCAAGCCCCAGUGGUUUCUGGACUGUUCCCAAAUGUCCCAGAAGGCUUUAGCCAACGUCGGCGACGGCACCCUGCAGAUUGAGCCGGAGAAUUUCGAAAAAACCUGGUCCCAGUGGCUGGAGAAUAUUAGGGAUUGGUGCAUUUCAAGGCAGCUUUGGUGGGGCCACCGCAUUCCCGCCUACUCCUGCAGUGUGAACGGGAACAAUCAUGUUUGGGUGGCCGCCCAAGAUGCCGAUGCGGCAAAGGAAAAGGCUGCAAGACUGCUCAACUGCCGUCCUGCUGACGUGGAAUCUAAACAGGAUGAGGACGUGCUGGACACGUGGUUUUCGUCGGCUUUGCAGCCGUUUGCAGUGUUUGGGUGGCCUGAGCAGACUGCUGAUUUGGACAAGUACUACCCGCUGUCGCUGAUGGAGACUGGCCACGACAUUUUGUUCUUUUGGGUGGCUAGGAUGGUCAUGUUAGGGACGCAUUUAACUGGUCAGUUGCCGUUCAAAAAAGUGCUCCUGCAUGGGGUGAUCUGCGACGCUCAUGGCCGGAAGAUGUCUAAGAGCUUGGGGAACGUGAUCGCUCCGGAAGAAGUCAUCGAUGGGGUCACUUUGGAACAACUGGGGCUCAUUUUGGAGCAGAAUUACCGGACUGGCAUUUUGUCCGAAGCAGAACUGAAGAAGGCGUCCGACGGCCAAAAGCGGAUGUUUCCCAAUGGCAUUCCGCAGUGUGGGGCCGAUGCGUUACGGUUCACCUUAUUAUCACACAAUGUUAAAAGUCAUGUAAUCAACUUCGACGUCAGCGAGUGCCACACGAACAAACUGUUCGGCAACAAGAUCUGGCAAGCGACCAAAUUCACGCUUCUUUGGACCGGCAAAGUGUCGGCGGCUCAAGGGGGCUUCGCCCACUGGGGCCCCAGUGUUGAGCUGGCGCCGAUGGAUCGAUGGAUUUUGAGUAAACUCACUCAAAUGCUUCAGGCGAUUGAGGGCGCGAUGGAGGCGCAUGAGUUUCAUGGGGCCACGGCUGCUUUGAAGCAGUUCCUCUACUACGAGUUCUGCGAUGUUUAUUUGGAAGCGGUGAAAAGCGACCUAAAAGAGCGCACUGCUGACCCACUAAGCUCCACUCAUUGCAAAACGCUCCUCACAUGUCUGGACCACAGUUUACGGGCGCUGUGGCCUUUCAUGCCAAUGCUCGCGCAGCAUUUGCAUCAGAACCUGCCCCUCCUGGACGAUUUUGGCCUAAACACCCUCGUCCCAAAGAUUAGAGACCGUCAGCUCGAAGCAGAAGUCGAUGAAGCCCUGCGGAUAAUCACCGGCAUCAGGCGGCUGAAGAAGGUUUUCAACAUAGUCUACAAGCACCUGCCUGAAGCGUUCCUGCUGCCGGCCAAUGGGGACGGUGCAAGAAAAUUCCAGCCACUAAUCAAAGACCUGUCCAGUCUUCAUAGCCUGACUAUUUUGAAAAGCGCCGCAAUGAAACCUCCAACUAAGGGCCUGGUUGAGGACCGAAUAGGGCGCAAUGUUCUAUACCUGGUCGUGCCCGAGGAGCUGCGCCUGGCGCUUGAAGUGGACCGAAACCGUACAGAGCAGAAGAAGGAGAAGCUGCUGAAGGAGCUGGGGAAGCUGCAGCAGAAGGUCUCCACUAGUGGGUAUAGGGAAAAAGCCCCCAUGGAAGCGAAGCAAAGCGACGCCAGAAAGAUUGCGCAACUAGGGGAGAAGAUAUCAAGAAUCAACUACAUCCAAAGCUUGGCAGGCCAGUAGGAGGAGGCAAAAGCAAAAUGGUGGUAGAAGCUCUUGAGACCGUUCCAUUCGACCCCCGUUUCCCCAACACCAACCAGACCAGACACUGCUACCAAAGCUAUGUGGACUAUUAUCGAUGCCAGCGAAUCCGAGGGGAAAACUACGCGCCUUGUGAUUAUUUCAAGAAGGUGUUCCACGCUUUGUGCCCCAACACCUGGGUUGAGAAAUGGGACGAGCAACGAGCUGAGGGCGUUUUCCCCGGAAACAUCUAGAUUCUCCUACUAGAAGCCGUCUAGUUCAUUUUGUAGAUUUUUUUGUUAUAUAUUUAAAUUUAUAAUGACAGUAUUUAAAACAUGUUUCUUAAACAAGUAAAUACUGGAAAUUUG